CACGAUUGUAGAGGAAAAGAAAAUAAAAUCUUUCGUGAAAAAUACGCAUUUAAAAAUUGGGGAGAAGAGUUCUGAGAGGUGGGAAAGAUCUGAUGCCUGAAAUCUAGAGAGAGAAAGCUUAAAAUAAUUUCGAUACGCAUUAUGAUGACAGAAUCCUAGUGAUAGAUUUUGUUGCCUUUAAGUUUUUUUUUUUCCUAUUAUUUUUUUCCGCAUUGAAGUUGGCGUGAUUUCUGAAAAUUUUCGAGUCAUCGAUCAUAAUCAUACGCAUGUGUUGUAAUCAGUGGCGUGGUGUUUGAAAUCGAAGCCUUGAGGGUGUGAUUAUCGUGUUCGAGGCACAGUGUGCGUGUGAUUUUUUGUGGAGAAAUCAAUGCCAGGGAAUCAGAAACUGCGUAAGAAUUGUUCGCCGACCGAUAGUCUCGAAGAGACAAUGAGAAGACUGAAGAUUGAAGAUACUGGUGGCAAUGGUAGAGUGGAUGAUGACCCAGAAACUUAUCCUGAUAGACCGGGUGAACCAAAUUGCAUAUACUUUCUGAGAACAGGUUCUUGUGGUUUUGGAAGUAACUGUCGUUUUAAUCACCCCUCUACUGGUGGGCAGGUUUAUGAUGGUAAAAACACCAGUGAGUUGCCAGAAAGAGCUGGACAGCCAGAUUGUGGGUAUUAUCUAAAGACAGGCACAUGCAAAUAUGGUUCUGCAUGUAAGUAUCAUCACCCUAAGGAUAAGCCGAGUGACAUCGUAAUGAAUGCUUUGGGCCUGCCAAUGCGCCAGGGUGAAAAGUCAUGUCCUUACUACAUGAGGACUGGUUCAUGUAAAUAUGGAUCUGCUUGCAAGUUCCAUCACCCCCAACCUCUAGAGGGGCCCGGAGGUUCUUCAUCCUCUGUAGGUGAACUCUCAUUACCAAAGGCAACUUAUAUUGCUGGUUCUCUUCAACUUCCUCCGAGCUACAUGCCGUUAUAUGUGUCUUCACCACAAGGAUGGAAUACAUACAUGGGAAGUGUCAGUCCUCUACCAGUUAAUGGGCAAAUUCCAGCUUCUUAUCUGCCUGAAAGGCCAGAUCAACCAGAAUGUCGAUAUUUCAUGAAUUACGGAAGCUGUAAAUACGGAUCAGACUGCAAAUAUCACCACCCUAGGGACAAGGUGUUAGCUUCAGGCACCAUUGGGCCACUUGGGCUUCCUCUUAGGCCCGGGCAGACAGUGUGUUCGUUUUACAGUUUCUACGGGCUCUGCAAAUACGGGCCCACUUGUAAAUUCGACCACCCAUUGGAGGGAUAUCCUAACGCGUACAAUGCACAGUAUGGCUUGAGCGGGCACACUCUAAGCCCGGUUUAUUCGAACCCAGGCCCAUAUCGGAGAAUGUCGAUGUCCGAUCCAAAAUCAUCAAAGUCUGGUGAUUGGGUCAAGAAGGGCCCAACAGCUAGCAACAACGAUGAUAAGAAAAAUGAUGAUGCAAACACAAAAGAUUCGCACGAGGAGAAAGAGAAAGACUCACAAGAACCAUCCUCUGAGGUUGUAAUUCAGAACGGACUCGAGUGACGUGUGAACAAUGUUGUUGGGGCCGAAGCUUGAAACUUCGACUACCUUAGAAAGGGGUUGAAGGGCCGGGCGAGGUUUAUUUUUGGCUAUCUUUUGGUUUCCCCUCCACAAAACUAUGGUAUUUUUGAUGUUGUAUUAAAUUUAACGUCUGUGGCUAACUUUAUUUAAGGCUCAUGGGAUUAAUUGGAGGAAGGGGGAAGAAUACUAUACUCUUUGACUUUGUGUGUGUGUUUAUCUUCUUUUUUCAUUUUAUUUUGUCUUUGCAUAGGUAUGACAAUGAAAUUUUUUAUUUUUUUUGGGAGGAAUAUGAGGUUUUCUAUCAUAUUUUGAUUUUCAAAUUUUCUUAUGGAUUUGGC